UACGAGCUUGUUGUUCAGUAAUCUAUAAUUCCAUCAUUGAUCGUCUUUGCAAAGAUGGUCAUCAUAGCAAUGCUCAAAACCUUUUCACUGAAAUGCUUGUACCUACAGCUGUAUGAUCGACGGUUGUUGUAGCUAUGGUAAAUGGAGUGAUGCCGAGCAACUGCUACGUGAUAUGAUCAAAAGAAGUGUCGACCCAAAUGUUGUAACUUUCAGUGCAUUGAUCAAUGCAUUUGUCAAAGAAGGAAAAGUCUCUGAGGCUGAAGAAUUAUACAGUGAGAUGCUUCGAAGGGAUAUAUCUCCUAAUACAAUCACAUAUAGUUCACUGAUCGAUGGAUUUUGCAAGCACAGUCGUCUAGAUGAUGCGAAGCAAAUGUUUAAUUUGAUGGUUAGCAAGGGCUGUUCUCCCAACGUAAUUACUAUAAAUACUCUCAUAGAUGGAUGCUGUAGGGCUAAGAGGUUAGAUGCUGGAAUGAAACUCCUCCAUGAUAUGUCUAAAAGAGGCUUAGUUCCUGAUACAGUUUCUUACAAUACUCUUAUUCACGGGUUUUGUCAAGUGGGGGAUCUUAAUGCUGCUCAAGACCUUUUCCAGGAGAUGAUUUCUCAUGGCGUGUCCCCUGAUAUCUUUACUUGUAAUAUUCUUUUGAGCGGUCUCUGCGAGAAUGGAAAGCUAAAAAAGGCGCUGGAAUUGUUUAAGGUUAUGCAGAAGAGUAAGAUGGAUCUUAAUACUGCUACUUCUAACAUCAUCAUCGUCAAUGGAAUGUGCAAAGGUUGUAAGGUAGACGAAGCAUGGGAAUUGUUCAAUAGUCUCCCCCUCAAUGGUGUGGAACCUGAUGUUCAAACGUAUAAUAUAAUGAUCAGCUCAUUUGUCAAUGAAGGGAAAUUUUCAAGGGCUGAAAAAUUAUAUGCUGAGAUGUUCCGGAAAGGUGUAGUCCUUGAUACUUUCACCUAUAACUCAAUGGUUGAUGGGUUAUGCAAGCAGAACCGCCUAGAUGAAGCCAGACAGAUGUUUGAUUCCAUGGCUAGCAAGGGCUGCUCCCCAGACUUAGUGACUUUUAAUACACUCAUUAAUGGCUACUGUAAGGCUAAAAAGGUUGACGAUGGAUUGGAGCUUUUUUGCGAGAUGUAUCGAAGAGGAAUAGUUGCCGAUACAAUAACUUACAGCACUUUGAUUCAUGGAUUUUGUCAAGUGGGUGAUCUUAAUGGCGCCCUUGACAUUUUCCAGGAGAUGGUUUCUAGUGGUGUGUGUCCUAAUACCAUUACUUUCCGCAGCAUGCUGGCAGGCUUAUGUAGUAAGGAAGAACUACAAAAGGCAAUGGCAAUGUUGGAGGAUCUGCACAGGAGUGUGCAUGGUAUGGUCCUCUACUCAUUUUUAUAG